AUGAUGAAUUCCUUAGCAAGCCAUCCCCAGGUUGGUUUUAAUAAGGAAAAGCUACAAAGUCUUGUUCAGCGCGUACGUUUCCUACAAUCUCAAGGCGCAAAGGAAGACAAUAAUCCAGAGUAUGCACGAAUUAUGAGCUUUUUAAAAAAUUUACAAAGACAACAACAACAACAACAACAACAACAACAGCAGCAGCAGCAACAAAAUCAACAACAACAACAACAACAACUGCAUCAGCAACAACAGCAGCAACCAGUGCGUAUGCCAGAUAUGUCCUCUAUGCCAUCAGUUGCUUCACAGCCAUCAACUGAUGCAACAUCCACAUUUACACCUGCACAAUUAGCUGCUUUAAAAUAUCAAAUAUUAGCAUACAAACUAAUAUCUAAAAACAUGCCACUGCCUCUUAAUCUUCAACAGGCUGUUUUGUCGUCCAGUUCAACAUUGGAAUCACCUGUUCAGCAAGCAGCAACAAACAAUAGCAUGACACCCUCUGUGCCUGUCGUAGCAUCCUCUGAAGUUGUUGCCAAACCUCAUAAAGAAUACACAGCUUACGCAUCUCCAUAUGAGCUGCUGAAGAAACCUAUCACGACAUUCUCACAUGCCUCUCGUCAACAACGUCUAUUGAUUCCCAGUCUUACACCCCAAGGCGUUGACCCAUAUAGCAUCAUAUCUGAACGUGAGCGUCGACUCCUGGGACGAAUUCAGCAUCGUAUUCAGGAACUGGAAAAGCUGCCUAGCAAUCUAUCAGACACGGUUCAAACACUGGAAGGAGAUAUCAAAAAGGGCAGCAAUAAACUAAGAGCCAUCGUGGAACUAAAGGCGCUUAGGCUCCUUAACAAGCAAAGACAAUUACGGGAAGAAAUUGUCAAUGGCAUGAUGCGUUCUACCACAUUGGUGACCUCUUCAGACCGAUUAGCCUAUCGUCGUAUGAAGAAACAGUCUUUGAGAGAAGCCCGUAUGACAGAAAAAAUCGAAAGACAGCAGCGUACGGAUCGCGAAAGACGUGAAAAGCAGAAGCACUUGGAUUAUCUUCAAACUAUUUGCGAUCAUGGUCGUAAUCUCCUGGCAUUCCAAUCAAACUAUAAGGCCAAGCAAAAUAAGUUGGGAAGAGCUGUACUACAAUAUCAUCAACAUAUCGAAAAGGAGGAACAAAAGCGAGCCGAACGUAUCUCCAAGGAACGUAUUCGCGCAUUGAAGGCUGAUGAUGAAGAGGCUUACAUGAAGUUGAUUGAUGAAGCCAAGGAUACACGUUUGACUCAAUUAUUGAAGCAAACAGGUGCUUUCUUGGAUUCACUUACUCAAGCUGUAAGAGAACAGCAGAAUGACACCGUUCACAAACAAGAUAUCAUGGACGACGAUAAUGAUCUGGAUGCUAGUGAUCCAGAUGCAAAGAACGAUUAUUUCCAAGUAACACAUCGUAUCAAGGAAGAGGUGACUCAGCCUGAUAUUCUUGUGGGAGGUCGCUUGAAGGAUUAUCAACUCAAGGGUCUUCAAUGGAUGGUAUCACUUUAUAAUAACCACCUCAAUGGUAUCCUUGCUGAUGAAAUGGGUUUGGGUAAAACUAUUCAAACAAUCAGUUUGAUCACCUACUUGAUUGAAAAGAAGAGACAAAAUGGUCCUUUCCUUAUCAUUGUUCCACUUUCUACUCUUACCAACUGGACUCUUGAAUUUGAAAAAUGGGCACCUGCUGUCAAGAAGAUCGUUUAUAAAGGACCGCCUAAUGUGCGUAGAGAAUUGCAAAAUGAAAUCCGUUACACCGACUUUCAAGUUUUGUUGACAACCUUUGAGUACAUCAUUAAGGAUAGACCAGUUCUUAGUAAGAUAAGAUGGCUACAUAUGAUUGUUGAUGAAGGUCAUCGUAUGAAGAACACCAAUUCCAAAUUGACUGUUGUUCUGAGACAGUACUAUCAUACCCGUUAUAGACUUAUUUUAACUGGUACACCUCUUCAGAACAACUUGCCGGAACUGUGGGCACUGCUCAACUUUAUAUUACCCAAGAUCUUCAAGAGUGUCAAGAGCUUUGAAGAAUGGUUCAAUACACCUUUCAAUAACCAAGGUGUUGCUGAUAAAGUAGCAUUGAACGAAGAAGAACAAUUACUGAUUAUCAAGCGUCUUCACAAAGUACUUCGUCCUUUCUUACUUCGUCGAUUAAAGCGAGAUGUAGAGGCCGAGUUACCAGAUAAAGUAGAACGCGUCAUUAAAUGUAAAUUAUCACCACUUCAACAGCAUCUUUAUGCACAAAUGAAGCGAAACGGAACCUUAUACACAUCAGAUGGCAGCAGGGGCAAAUCAGGCAUCAAGGGCUUGAAUAACACAAUCAUGCAACUGCGAAAAAUCUGUAACCAUCCAUUUGUCUUUGAAGAAGUCGAAUCACUUGUUAACCCAAGUGGUAUGUCAAACGACUUGCUGUAUCGUGUCUCUGGUAAAUUCGAACUCUUGGACCGUAUGCUUCCCAAGUUACAACAAACUGGCCAUCGUGUUCUCAUUUUCUUCCAAAUGACACAAGUGAUGAGCAUCAUGGAGGACUUUUUGAAUUACAGAGGCUUUAGUUACUUGCGUCUCGAUGGUUCAACUAAAGCAGAUGAUCGUUCAGAGUUGCUGAGGCUCUUUAAUGAUCCUGCCUCUCCAUAUUUUGUCUUUUUGCUUUCGACUCGUGCUGGUGGUCUCGGUCUUAACUUACAGACAGCUGAUACCGUCAUCAUCUUUGACUCUGACUGGAACCCUCAUCAAGAUUUACAGGCUCAGGAUCGUGCCCAUCGUAUUGGUCAAACAAAGGAAGUUCGUAUUUUUAGAUUGAUAUCGACCAAUUCAGUGGAAGAAAACAUUUUGGCACGAGCCAAUUAUAAACUGGAUAUUGAUGGCAAAGUAAUUCAGGCUGGUAAAUUCGAUAACCGUAGUACAGAAGAGGAUCGAGAAGCCUUUUUGCGAUCGCUGUUAGAGGACAAGGCAGAUGAAGAAAAUGAAGGCGAUAAUGAAGAGAUUGAUGAUGAAGAGCUGAAUGAAAUGUUACAGCGUGCCGAAUCUGAUAUAGCUAUAUUCCAUCGUAUUGAUGAUGAACGUGAAGAGAAUGAUACUCGUCAGUGGCGUGCACUAGGCCGUCGUGGCAAACCUGAACGAUUGAUCACAGAGGAUGAGUUGCCUGAUAUCUAUCUAAAUGAUGAUCCUAUACAAACCUUGGAAGAGGACCCACAUUCACUUGGCCGUGGUCAACGUGCUAGAGACUCUGUUCGCUAUGAUGACGGUUUGACAGAAGAGCAAUGGCUGAAUGCGCUAGAGGAUGAAAAUGUCGAUCUUGAUGAACUGAUUGCAAAGAAAGAGAGAAGACGACAGAAGCGAAUGGGUAAAUUAAUGGAUGACGAUUCUGAUGAAGCAUCAAGACGACCAGGACGACGCAGAAAAGAAGAUAUUCUAGAUGAAUCAGCAGGUGGAAGGAAGAGAGGACGACCUAAGAAGAAUGAAAUAGAGCCAAAACGUAAGCGAGGAAGAAGAGACGAUGAACUCAAUCGACCAGACACAGUAACACCACAGAUAAGAGAGGCUAUGACGAGAGUGUUUAAUGAGUGUUACAAAGUGGUUGAAGAAGCGACAGAGGAGGAUGAGGAAACCUAUCGAAGUCGAAGUGAAUUAUUUAUGGAUCUUGUCAGCAAACGAGAUUAUCCUUUAUACUACACAAUGAUCAAAAACCCGAUAUCAUUAAAUAUGAUCAAGAGACGUAUAAACUCUACAUAUUACAGAACAAUUGCACAGUUUAGAGAUGACUUUCACCUCAUGUUUGAUAAUGCAAGAACAUUUAACGAAGAAGGAUCGUUUGUAUAUGAAGAUGCAAAUGAGAUGCAGAAACUGUUUGAUGCAAAGCUGGAAGAGUUAUGUCCAGGCGGGGUGUUACCCGUAAACCAUACCAGCCGAUACGAGGGAGGCAACACAUCGACAAGUCUACAACAUAACAACAACGGCAACACCAAAUUCAAUGAAGAGGAGGAUGAUGACGAUGAUACGUACGAAGCAGAAGAUGAGUACGAUGAAUAA